CAUAAGGCUUUUAUAACAUGCAGCUUUAAAUAAAGAGACAGCACUCCACCCAGCAGAACAUCUCAGACGAUCUUCUUCCCCACAAUGAAUUGCUUGAUAGGAGCGGUUGUGCUGCUGAUAUCAAUUACAGCAGAAGCCAGAGUGGGAAACUCCAACGAGUCCACGUCCUACUGCACAGAGACCAAGGAGUGUCUGCUGUUUGAUCUGAUCUGCGAGGGAGACGAUUAUGAGGUUCGUCAUUACGAGGCUGCUAAAUGGGUGACCACAGAGGUGGAGUCCAUUGUAAAGGAAGUGGCAAUAGUAAAAGCUUUCAGAAAACUUUUUAAGUACAUCACAGGUGAAAAUGAAGCAGGUGCUCAUAUUGACAUGACAGCCCCAGUCAUCACUAAAAUCAAAGAGGAAACCCCUUGGUUGGAAACAUCAGUGUACGUUCUCAGCUUCCUGUUGCCGUCUGCCUACCAGAGCCAGGCUCCCCAGCCCAAUGACAGCACUGUGUACUUCACAGACAUGCCAGAUAUGAAAGUGUACGUUAAGAGCUUUGGAGGCUGGAUGGUGUCACCAAUAACUACAAUGUAUUCUGACCAGCUGAAAAAAGCACUCGACAAAGCUCAGGCCACUUACGAGACAGACUACCACUAUGACGUUGGCUAUAACAGCCCAAUGAAGCUGCUUAAACGACACAACGAGGUGUGGUAUGUGGUUAAAGGACAACCAGUCUGUCCCCCUGCCGAGUAACAAAGUGUCUCUGCCUCAUCUACAGCAAAAUCAGCUUCCAAAACCCCCCCAGACUGAAGCGUUUCAUGCCGGAUGCGAAAAGCAUAAUAAAUGCAUUUUGUAUUAUUCUUGAUGAGCUGAGUAUUUGACAGAUUAUUUCUUUCCUUUUUAACUUGAAUAACUAUUAUUAUUAUUAUAAGUAUAAUAAUAUUAUUAUUAUUGUUGUUGUUAUUAUUAUUAUUUUAAGCUCCAUAUUAUUUCUAUAACUCAGCAGCAGAUGUCGCUACUACCAAGAAAAUAAAUACAGCAGUUACUACCAACUUUUUUAUUUACGAUAUACCAUAUAUAGGAAGAUAUUUCUAUAGUUUUAAGACACUGUUAAAAUCUUGCAUGCCUUUUUAUUCUCAGUAAAAUGACAUGGGUUAUGGGUAUUGAUAGGUCAUUUUUUUCUAUUACAAUUACUGGCUUUUGUGUUUAUUCAGGUCUUUUAUUUCCUAGUUUUAUGCAUUACAGUAAGAUAUGUAGCUGUGAGCAGACAAACCUUUGAGAAGUUAUUCUUCAGCUCAAAUAAAACUGGUCUGAAGAUUUCUUUAAGCAUGCAAAUAAACAUCAAGAGAAAGAAAAUCAA